AUGGCCAGCAAAGAGACCCAGUAUGCGACGACAAAGGAUGUCGUGGAAACCUACGAAAGAAAGACGCAGAGCCUUAAAGCUACACUAUCCGUAGAAGUUCCGUUUGAAAAUGUCCAUGUCCUGCCGCAGACGCCGCAGCUGAUCGCACUCUUGUCGAUCAUUCGAAAUAAGACAACAGAUCGCGCAGACUUCAUAUUCUAUUCGAAUCGCAUUAUACGGUUACUGGUGGAGGAAGGCUUGAAUCACUUGCCAGUGAUAGAGCAUGCUAUCACGACACCGGUGGGCCGUGCCUACAACGGGCUCAUGUUCCAGGGAAAGAUUUGCGGCGUCUCUAUCAUGCGGGCAGGCGAAGCAAUGGAACAAGGCCUGCGAGACUGCUGCCGCUCCGUUCGCAUUGGCAAGAUUCUGAUCCAGCGCGACGAAGACACAGCGCAGCCCAAGCUAUUCUAUGACAAGUUGCCAGAUGAUAUUGCCGACCGCUGGGUCAUGCUUCUUGAUCCCAUGUUUGCCACAGGUGGUUCGGCCAUCAUGGCUGUCCAGGUUCUGAAGGCCAAGGGCGUCCCCGAGGAUAGGAUCCUAUUCCUUAACCUGAUCGCAAGCCCCGAGGGUAUUAACAACUUUGUAAAGAAAUUCCCUCGGCUCAAGGUGGUGACGGCGUUUAUUGACGAGGGCUUGGACGAGAAAAACUACAUCGUUCCCGGCCUCGGCGACUUUGGCGAUCGCUUCUAUACCAUGUAA